AUGUGCCAAGAUGGGAAAGUCCGACGGGAAGUGCGAAAAACAGCAAUUUCCAUGUUUUCGCACUUUGCACCUCAUCAAUCAAAAUGAUGUUGUUGUGUUUUCUGGCGAUGAAUAACUAGUAAUUUGUAAUCUUUAAGUACACCACACUAGAAUAUUUUUGAUUUUUUUUCCCACAGAUAUGAAAAACAAAGACAAAAAAGAAGUAGAUCAGUUUUCUUAAUAGACCUGUUUAGUUUUUCAGAUCGCGAGCGUGGAGGUCAAACAAGAAGAGCCAGACGUGUCUGAGGAGGGAGAUCUUGAAAAUCUUGGAAUUCGACCAAUCGGAGACGAAGACGUUUUAUUUGAUCAUUUUUGGUUGAUCAGUUAAGUUAUCAGGUGGAUCUGGUUCUUAUGCCUCACGGGGAGCGCUACACGACGAUGAAGUUCCUGGAGCAAAGAAAACCUACGGUCAUAAUUAUGCACUCGAUGUCUUUGGUGAUGAUGCGACAGAUCGAGGUUCUCAUCCUUCAAUACGAAUGCAUUAACUGCAUCACCUCGAUGAUACUGAAAGAAAAGAAAAUAUGAAAUACAAUAGCUUGGUACUUCUCGUAGCGGCGAUAAGACACGAACUUUUCACUUAUACAUUUAUUAUUAUUUAUAUACAUUGAAAAUUAAAUUCAACGCUUAGUGGUCAGGCAAUUGCUAAGAAAGUGUUCAAAAUAUUAAAUAUUCGAAAUGCCUGCCCGCAGGCUUCUGUAAAGUAAGUAGAAUGUGUUGGAAAGUUGUGUGGGAGGCUUUUGAACACUUGCUGCAAAGCGUCCAAACUCCUCUCGAUGAAUAGAAAGCAGAAGCUCCUCGAUUUUUACCCAAGUACCGACUUGACAGCACCAAGUCUGUCUGCGUCAUCUUUUUCAUACCACUGCGGUCAGAAGACCUUGUAAUUAGCACAAACUAGCGCCACUGACAUUUGAGAGAUAAGCGGACAUAGACAUAUCAGGCUGUUUCUGAAUAUCGGGAAUGAUUUUUAAUUCUGGUAUUUUCCAGUGCUCUUCCUGAAGUCAUUUUAAAAUGGUUUUCGACGUCAUUUUCUUCAUCUCCAAUUACAUUAUGUUCAUUCUUUUCCAUCAGGCUCCUUUUCUUCUCGUUACGUUUCCUCCUCAGAUCUAUCGCGCGUGCAAUCCAGAGCUGCACCUGCAGAUCUACUGCCUACAGUAUCGCGACUCAACCGAAGAGAGCCGCUAUCUUGAGGCGAUGAACCGGGAAACGCUUGCCUUCGAGAGUCUUAUCAAAGAACAAGCUGUAUGUUGUAACAAUUAUUUGUUGUUAACUUCGAAAAACGAGUCAGAGCACCUAAUGACGGCUUUAAAAUGAUUCAGACGCUGAUGAUUGCUCGAGAGUUCUUAGUUGAUCGAGAGGAUCCUCCACGAAUCAAAGUUUCUACUCGCCAAGGAGGCGGCAGAUCUUCAGACUUGGGUCCAACGGAAGAAGACUCGCAGCCAGUUGAAAGACCCAAGGUUCUUCACCUCGUUGAAAAAGUUUAUUUCUUCUCUUCUCGUAGAUCAUCGUGGAUAUGAGAGAGUUCAACAGCGAACUGCCUACUGUCCUCUACACCAAAGGCUAUGACGUCGUCGCCGCCACUUUAGAGGUUUUGAGUAUCAUUUUAAUUUCCGGUCCAUUUCGAGAGAGAAAACGAGAAAAAAUAUAGAAGUAUCAAAAAAAGAGAAAAUUCAUAUCAUUUUUUGAAAUAAAAUAUUUUAAUUCUUGAGGUCGGUGAUUACGUCCUUUCGAGCUCGAUUUCCAUUGAAAGGAAGGCUUUGGACGACUUGGCCCAGUCACUACAAUCCGGAAGAGUUUUCAAACAAGCCGAACAGGUAUUGGCUUUGGUUUUCGUUUUUAUAUGGAAAAAAGGGAACCACAGACUUUUUCUUUGCAAGCAAAUGAUUCGAUUUAAAAAAAGGUUUCCUAGCAGAAAGAGAACAAAGUUCAAAAAUUCGGUUCUUUCUAUUAUCCUUUUCUUUUUCCAGCUACUUUUUAAAUUCAGAUGCUGCUCCAUUACGCCAACUCUGUGCUGCUGAUUGAGUCGAAUCAGAAAUUUGAGAUGAAAAUCGUCAACGGCGGGCCUUUCCAGGUGGAGCUUUCAAAUAGGACAUAUAAAGAAAGGAAAAUAAUUCAGGGCGAACUGAGCCGACACUGUCGUGAAAUUCGAGCCAGACUCUGUGCCCUUAUUCGCGCUCAGCCGCGGCUGAAAUGCGUCUGGACCAUGUCGCCCGCCAAUUCUGCCGAGUUUUUUGCCGAGCUCAAGGUUCAAUUUUGUCUGAAAGUUCCACCAAUUUUGCGGAUGUAGUUGAACUCCGACGAGCCAGAUAUGGACAAGGCGAUUUCCUUGCGAGGAGACCAUGUCGAACAACAACCCGAGGAGGAUUCGCAAGGUUUUGUUCGAACUCUCGUUCAUCCCCUUCAUUGACAGAGAAUUCAGAAUCUGGCAAAAAGAAAAAAGCAAAUCCAACCAUCCAGCGUGCACUGACCACUCAUCUCGGAAUGAAAGCCGGCGACGCGAAUCGGCUUUUGACUUGCGGAAAGGUUUUCGAUAAUCAGUUUAUCAAGCUAAACAUUUUUUUUGAGGUGAAAAAUCUGGUGGAAUUGUUUUCGCCGAUCACGUCGAGCAGUUCCCUCGAGGACUCUUUGCCAGGCAGCAGUCUCGACUUUGUCACUGUUCUUUCCAAUUACGACUUCAGCGCUAAGAGUUAAUGUAUAAAUUUGUACUUUUAUUGAAUGUGUUUUACUUUUAUCGAUUUUGUAUUUUCUGAUCUCAUAACGUCUCACUUUUUUGUUUCAGUCUGUGAAAUAAAUAAAACAUUAUUAACAGUGUGAGUCUUUGAGGUUCAAAGGAAUAAACACACCUUUCCAAUUUUUUUGUUUCCAUCGUUAUAGAGAAGCGUUCUUUCCACAGUCUGUUAAUUUUUUCUUAUCAUAAGCUGCUUUUCUACUCUUCAUUUUCUUUUUUUGUUUUGAUUCUAAAGACAUUUCCCAAUUUUGAUCGUCUUUAAAACGAACCGUACGUUUCACAAUAUUCUCAAAGUGAUAUCUAAUAGAAAUAUCCUUUCUUUUUCUUCUUAGAACUUGAACUAUAUUUUUCAACUCAUGCGAAAGUUUUCAUUUCAGAACUGAAUGAGAGCUGAAAAAGUAACAAACAAAAUAGGGUAGAAAAAAAAACAUUUGAAAGUGCUUAGCGAUUUCAUAUACAAAAGACAUUUUUAGCGAACGUUCUAAGUAUAUUGACAGACAUAGGACGUAGGUACUCUUGAAGUUCUCAAGAGAAAAACAAGGGUAUCGAAGAAUUAUUGACGAAAAUGUUGACGAGAGCGAUCGCGAGUCGAGAGUUUAUUGUUUCAGUGGCGGCUGGAGAGAUGGCAGGGCGGAGCGUCGUCUAUCACUUUCUAUCAACGCGCCAAAACACUCGCCGACUGCCGUUCAGACGCCUCGGAAGCAUGUCAGACGCCGAGAAAGUUGUUCCUCGAGAUGAGGUUUGUUUUCUGGGGAAGCUUUCGAUACAUUAGCAGGAGACUUUCCAGAAGUUUUGAUGUAUGAAGGAAAAGUGAGAAGAUUAUCAAUUUCCUGCAAAAGGUGAUAAAAAUGUAUCUCGCAAAAAUAAAAGCAUGCUGUAUUAAAAGACCCAUGAGAGUUUUUAAUUUAUCUGAAUUAUACUCUCCUCCCCCGAGGCUAAGUGGUUUUAAAAUUGGGUAGGUAUCGUGCUUUUCAUAAGUUAUUUAUGAACUGGAGAAUAAUGUUGAUUGGAAAAAAAAAUGGGAUGAUAAAUUUUAAAUGAAGCCUUUAUGAUAAAACUCAAACUAGAAAUCUUGCGGAUCUACAUGCACCAAUUUAGGUAAUUAUUUUUUGAAUUGCCAAAAAACUUCUGAUCUGAAAGUGAUUUAUUUGGCCUCUUUACAGAUCCACAAGUUCAUGGUGACCUGUAUGACCAAGGCAGGAGCCUCAGAGCUGCACGCUCGGCAGCUUGCCGACGUCCUGGUUGAGGGUGACGUCAGAGGACACUACAGUCAUGGCCUCAAUCGCUUGGGUGAUCAUUCUGCAAUCCUUAAAAAGAAAACUUUCUUCAGAUAUGUAUGUUCGCGAUGUCACGCACAAAACGUGCAAAGGCGACGGAGAACCUGUCGUUUUAAAGGUUCGAUUCAUGCUUUUUUUGUUUAAUUUUACAAAAUGGAUGUUACUUUGUGUCAGAUUUAUCAAAAAUAAAUGUGUGAAAAUGGCAAAUGGGUUUUUAGGAACGCGCCGCCACGGCUUGGGUCGACGGAAACAACCUUUUAGGACCCGUCGUCGGCAAUUUCUGUAUGAAUCUGGCGGUCGAAAAAGCCAAGGAAGCCGGCGUCGGCUGGGUCGUCGCUAAAGGUCUUCUUCGCUCAUUGGACUUGAUUUGAUCGAAAACUUUUGACCAGCAAGAAAAAAACAAACGAAAAAUGCAAUGGUUUGAAUUUCCAGGUUCUAAUCAUUAUGGGAUUGCUGGAUGGUACGCUCUGCAAGCCAUGAAAAGCGGAAUGCUGGUGAAAUUAUAUUUCUAUAGUUCGAGAACGAAAACUAUAAUGAACAAAAUAUUAUGCCGUGUUCAAUUUGAUUUCGCGAAAUGCAAAAUGAUCUCUGACUCUCCAAAAUUUAGUGAUCUUUUCCUUUCUCUAACGGGUAUUUUGCAUUUCGCGGAAUCAAAUUGAACACGGCAUUAAAAAGUAAUUGAGCUCCAAACAACGUAUUUUUUCUUAAAAAGAAAGGAGACCCGGUACUUUUUCUUUCGCGUUCGAAUAUUUCAAAUUUCUCUAAUUUUUCUCGAGGGCUUUGUUAAAAAUAAUGCUGACUAAGCUCGAAAAAAUGUUUCUACUCGUUUUAAGGAAGCCAGUUAUAUUUCGAAGCAUUUCGCGAAUGAAUUUUCGAAAUAAAAUGCAAUUGAGACAAUAUAGCUGAUUCACGGCUGGCUUGAGCCAUCGAGAAAAGGGUCCUGCCACGAAAAGAGACGAGACAGUGCCCUGGUUGGUGGAGAGUCCAGACAGGCCACGCCUUUUUGCGUCCCAAGCUAGCUGUGAAUCGACUAUACAAAUCAGGAUUUGUGAGUUUGGCUCCGGUUUGAAGAAGUUGAACUGCAGGGUAUGUCGAUGACGAAUACCUCGCCAAUCAGUUUUCCGACGCGAUCUGCCGUGCCGGCUCUUGGGACGAACCCACUGAGUCUGGGAGCGCCGGCGGCAGGAAACGAAUCCUUCGUCCUCGACAUGGCCACGACCACCGUCGCCGUAGGAAAGGCUAGUUUAUUUAGUCUUUAUUGCAGUAACAAGUAA